CACACAUAAAUCCCUCCAAACUCCCAAACUGAUUCUCUUUCCUCGUGAACGUGCCACAGCGGGAGCGCGCAUUCAGCCUUCACGCGGGACCGCGCAUUAUCUGAAAGAAAAAAAAAAGAUUUCUACUGAUAAAAGGAAGAGGAGAAUAAAAAAAAAAAAAGUUGUGAGAGAGGAGAAGUGAGCUCGGAGAGUGAUGGUUUGAUGCUUUGGAGCUGACAGGAGGGGCGAGUGUCACACAAGAAGAAGAAGAAGAAGAAGAAGAGGAAGAAGGAGGUAAUAAUAAUAAUAAAAAAAAGAAAAAGAAAAAAAAAAGCCUGAUGGAGGGUAAAAGAUGUCCGCGUCUCCUGCCACCCACCCGAAAUCGAUUGCGUUACAUCCACAAAUCUCUCCACUUUGACGUAUAAAACGGGACGCAUGGUGUGGAAGAGUCGAGUGUGUUCUCCAGAGUCGGACAGGAAUAUACACACACUCACUCACACACACACACACACACACACACACACUCUCACUCACUCACUCACACACACACACACACACUCACACACAACCACCGGCCGCCACCAAGCAGUCCGGUGCAUGGACAGCAGAGAAGUGACGCAAGGGGACAAGCAAACUCUGCUGGACCUGCUGCUGCGCGUGAUCAGGGAAGGCGAGCGGGAAAAGCUCAACACGCGGGAAAAAUCCGCCCACAGCAGGCCCAUAGAGAUCGUCCUAAGAGAUGUCAGCAUUAAAGACAGGUUUAUAAAACAUUUCACAGCAGGACCAGUCAAGUUCCCAUCGGAGUGCAGGAUGCAUUUUCACCGAAUUUACCACAACACACGGGAUUGUGCCAGACCAGCAUUCUAUAAAAGAUGUGCGAGAUUGCUGAUGAGGCUAGCGAUGAGCCCGCUGUGUGCUCAGCCGUAACACAGUAAGUGACACAUUUCCUGUGGAAAGUGGAUCCAGGCCGAGGUUGGACAAAAUACUGAAAAUCACUGCUUUUGUUAGAUGACCCUUUUGGAGACCCGAUGGCAGGUGAACCAAUUCCCAAAUUGGCUGCUCUCUCCUGUCCUGGAUUGAGGUUUCUGCUUGGAGGAAGAUAAAAUGAAACAUAAAAAAAUGAACUUCAGCUGAAUUAUUAGUUCUUUCGCAAUGCUGCAUCUGUAAGCGUGACUCAUUGCCCCAGAGCUAAACACACAGAAACAUCCAUAUUUGAGUUUCCAUGCCUCCAGGAGAUGAGAAACUCAGAAAGAAUGGAUUAAUGCUUAAGUAUUAAGCAUUUUGCUCGAACACCACUUGUCAUUGCUGUUGUGGUUUUGUAUGUAAUUUUGUGAUGACUGACUUUCUUCUUAUUUGUGGAUUUGUUGUUGUUUGUUGUCGGUGUAGUGAAAAAUAGGGAUGGAAUAAGGAUAAAAACAAAAUGGCAUCCCAAAAAAAAAAAUUUAGAUACUUUACAGAGAGAAAAAAGAAAGAAAAUGCUGUUACUAAAAUCUUCUCUGAAAUCUGAAUAAAUGUCCGAACGCAGGAGUCAGCUGUCAUUUUAAUUUCAUUCUGAUUUCACAAAUUCCCCCUCUCCGAGUGCAACAAAUGCUGCUUUCAUAUCAUUUAGUUUUUUUGGAUUCACACCACAUGUUUUUGUUUCUGUUCCAGUCCAGGCUCCGCCUCUGUCCUGUCAUUGGUUUGUUAGCUGAUUGUGUUCAACUGUACUGUGUCUCGCCCUUGAUUAUUUGCGAAGUCUUAUCGUACAUUUCUAGUGUUAAGUCCAAGCAUUGUUUCGCCAGUGCCAUGUGCCACGUUUCCCGGAUUUUGAACCUCACCUCUGUUCCCCGUCUUAUGAUUAGUGGAAGCAGUUAUCCAAGAUUGUUGCGCUAAGGACUUGGACAGUGAUUAGCGAGUUCGCCAUAAUAAAGCAAGCGUUGUAUUUGUGCACUUGCAUCCUGCCUUCUUUCACCAUACAGUACACUACUACACCGUUAAGGGAUCUUCAGUUGUCUCUUGACAGUUCUGUGUAGAAAACGGAGUGUUUCUAUACCAGAAACAGCUCCAGGCAGAACCCUUUUAAAAAGGCUUAGCACCUUUAUUAUCCACUGAACCCUUAAAAACUGUUGGAGAACCGUUUUUCUAAGAGCAAAAUGUUAAAGAAAAUGAGCAAUAAUUUGGAGUUUGUAUGACGAACCUUCCCAGUUAAUACACACACUCCUAGAAAAAGGGUUCUUUAACAGUUCAUUGGAAAAUGUAAGGGUUCUUAGCCUCCAAAAAUUGAUUGGAUCUUUGCGAGCGAUGCGUUCAGGUGUGCACGGUGCUCGAUAGACUUCCUCUGAUCUGCGUGUGUCCUUACAGGUUUGGUAACAUUAGCAACCCUUUCAUCACCUCUGACGAUAUUUUGUGAUAAAAUUUUGUAUCCAUUAAAAAUUGGAAUUGAAAAAAUUGCUGUGUGCAUUUUGGAAGUCUGAGGAGAAAAACAUUAAAGCCGUUAUUUUUACUGACUAAAACAGACUGCUGUCUUUUUUCAUCAAAUUAACAAUAAACCAAUGACUAAAUCUGACUAAAUCUAAAUCCAAAUUAGCUGUUAGAAUUACCACUGACGUAAUCUUCAAAUGGGCUGAAGAGCAGAAUAGUAUUUUUCCGUCUGUGUUUUGACAUCGGCGGUGGCAGUAAUGGACGACCGAGGACAAAUCCUAAGACAUAAAAGCAUGGAGAAUGUGCUUUAUUAGGAAAUGAAGUGUGAAAGAUUCACCUGGAGCCAUUGUUCCAAUUGCUUUUCCUAGAAGCUAACAGAAAUGUUCAAUUGGCCGUUGAUAUAUUGAGUCAGUAAUUAUCUGUGAAUUAGUAAAAGAAGUGUCUCAGGCACUUUAAGGCAGAUCAAGGGGUCAAACUUUAAACACCUUCACACUUGGCCUGAAUACUUGACUACGCACUCAACUGCUGGUUUCUGUUCACUGGACUGGUUUCAGAUUGGAUGCACAAUUCCAUACAUCACUUCUGCACACGCAAAAUGGUAGGCAGAAGGUUCAUCCAUUUAUUUUUUAAAUCUUUUAUUUUCCUUACCAACACUCCAUAACAACCCUUUCCGCACCAUCACCAAACUUGAAACAGGAAGUAACGUGACAAUCUGAGCCAAUCACGUUGCUCGGUGAGGAGCGCUGAAAGCAGAUCGCUUCCACACAUGAUGCGGAUCACGGUUAAAGCUCGAAAACAGAUUUCACACUUCAUAAAACAUACCGAACCUUUGGCAGAAAAAGACAAAGAACUCAAAAAAAACCUCACAAUUGAAAAAGUACAGUUUUGCCUCUGCAAAGUUACUCAUGUAAACUAUUUUCUUUUAUUUCAGAGCACAACUUUUUUUCUUAUAAAGCCAUCGCUAAGAGAUGGAGAGGAGAAGAACAAAAAGAGGGAAAAAAUAUAGAAGGGGAGGAAAGAAAAGUAAAAGGGAAAAAUGCAUAAAGAGACAAAAAAGUAAAAGAAAAAAUGUAAUUAAUAAUAAACAGUAAAAAAGAGACAAGAGAAAAAAUAUUAUGUACAAAGACAAAUAUUAUGUACAAAGACAUUUAUAGAGUUGCUGCCCUGUGAAACAUUUCAAAUCUGAUUUUAUAAAUUCAUAACAGAAGGUUCUCAAAAUUCAGUUCUCAAGUGUUUUAAUGGUUUUUAACACAGAACAACUGAAUGUAGAUUUUUUUUUUAAUGAAAUGAUGACUUUUAAAUUUUAAAAUGUUUGAAUGUAUUUUGGAUGAAAUGUAGGUUAAGUUUUGACCAGAGUUUGGGUCACUAAAUGGCACGUAUGCAUUAAAACGAUCGAUUUCUAAUUCAGGAU